UUUUUGUUACACAUCAAACAUCAUGAAAACUUCGACUUUUUUCAUCCUUUCACUCCUUAUAACAUAUUGUUACAUCGCCGCCGCCGCCGCCGCCGCCGAUGAACAAGACGAAUUCCUCGAAUGUCUCCACGACGAAUUCGAGAACUUCACCGCAAUCUCGAGCCAUGUCUACACUCCGACCAACUCAUCUUACCCGUCGAUCCUAAGAUUCUCCAUAAGAAACCUAAGAUACGCGACGAAUUCGACUCCAAAACCCUUAUUGAUCCUAACUCCGGAUCAAGAAUCCCAAAUCCCUCCGAUCAUCCAUUGCGCCGUACAAAGUGAUCUUCAAAUCCGAACCCGAAGUGGCGGCCAUGACGCCGAAGGAUUGUCCUACGUCUCGAAAGUCCCCUUCAUGAUCCUCGAUUUGAUAAACCUUAGCCAAAUAUCGAUCAACGUUGAAGAAAAAACCGCGUGGAUCGGAGGUGGCGCGACCAUUGGCUCUUUAUAUUACAAAAUCGCCGAAAAAAGCCCCACCUUAGGGUUCCCGGCCGGGUUUUGCCCAACUUUGGGGGUCGGGGGGCACAUAAGCGGGGGCGGCUACGGCUUCAUGAUGCGAAAACACGGCUUAGCAGCCGACAACAUUGUCGAUGCAAGAAUCGUCGAUGUUCACGGGAGGAUCCUCGAUCGAGAAGCGAUGGGAGAGGAUUUGUUUUGGGCGAUUCGGGGCGGGGUCGGGGCGAGCUUCGGCGUGAUCACCGCAUGGAAAGUGCAACUAGUCGACGUGCCCGAGAAAAUCACAACAUGCACGACGCAGAGGACGUUGGAGCAAAAUGCGACGUACCUCGUCCACCGAUGGCAACACGUCGCCCCGAGGAUCGACGACGAUCUAUUCAUCUGGCUGACGGCGGCGAGAGUGAAUUCGAGCGACGGGACGACGACUAUAUUGUCGUCGUUCUUUUCCUUCUACCUCGGCGGCGGCGCCGACAAAUUGGCGGCGCUGAUGCACGAGAGGUUCCCGGAAUUGGGAUUCUCCCGACAGGACUGUACGGAAAUGACAUGGAUUGAAACAACUGUCCUAACGGCUAUUCUAAGUGGAUAUCCUAAUGCUACGAUCGAAUCCUUACUGAGUCGAUCACAACCCAAUUUAAUGAGCCUCAAGAUCAAAUCGGAUUACGUGAAAUCCCCGAUUCCUAUUCAUGGUCUCAAAAUGAUGUGGCGAUUAUUGUCCGGACCCGAGGGUGAACGGGGGCGGUUGAUCUUCACGCCCUACGGCGGAAGAAUGGCGGAGAUUCCGGAAUCUUCGAUUCCGUUUCCUCAUCGGGCGGGGAAUCUUUUCAAACUUACGUCGGUUUUGUAUUGGGCCGAGGGCGAGGCGGACGAGGCCGAUAGGUUCAUGGGAUGGAGUCGAAGGUUUUAUAGUUCGAUGACUCCUUAUGUUUCGAGGAAUCCGAGGGAGGCGUAUGUUAAUUAUCGGGAUCUCGAUUUAGGAGUGAAUAAUGCAAGAGGGAUGACGACAUAUGAGGAGGCUAGCGUUUGGGGGUUUAAGUAUUUUAAGGGAAACUUUGAUCGAUUGGUUCGGGUGAAAACUGCUGUGGAUCCUCGGAAUUUUUUUAGAAAUGAGCAAAGUAUUCCGGCCGUUUACUCGGACACGGAUGAUUGAUUGAUUGAUUGGUUUUAAUUUGAAAUUUUAUUGGAUUGUAUUCUGGUUCGAAUAAUCAUUUUCUAUUUUUGUUGUUUGAA